AAAGAUCAUUUGCAAACUAUCUCUGCAGUGGAACAAUUCCUUCAAAAUGAAGGUCCAGAACUUCAAGAAAAACUUCAAAGUUAUGCUACUGAUAAAUCUAGCUAUAUAGAAGAAUUUUGGUAUGAUUCUUAUCUCAAUUAUACCGAUCCCGUGGUCCUUAACUUGAAUCCAUUCUUUGUUUUGGCGGAUGAUCCAACUCCUGCAAGAAACAACCAAGUUUCUCGUGCUGCUUCAUUGAUACACUCAUCUUUGAAUUUCAUCCAUGCAUUGAGAAAUGAAACGUUGGAACCUGAUAUGUUUAGAGGAAAACCUCUAGACAUGUCGCAGUUUCAACGUAUGUUUGGAACUGCUCGUUUACCAACCGAAAAUGGUUGUAAAAUGAAUACUGAUAAUGAAUCUAAGCAUAUUGUUGUUUUAUGUCGUGGUCAAUUUUAUUGGUUUGAAGUUUUAAAUGAAAAGAAUGAAGUUGGAAUUACUGAAAAAGAAUUAAUUGCCAAUUUAAAAACAAUAAAACAAGAUGCCCUUGAGUUACCGAAUGUUGAAAUAGCAAAACAAGCUGUAGGAAUUCUCUCCACUGAAAAUCGUAGAGUUUGGGCUGACCUUAGAGUUAUGUUAGAAAAAUCAUCAGAGAAUACCGAUUUUUUAAAAGUGCUUGAUUCGGCAUUAUUCGUUGUCUGUUUGGACGAAGUAUCUCCUAAAACUGGUGAUGAACUAGCAACUAACAUGCUUUGCGGAACAUAUGAAAUACAAGAAGGUGUACAAGUUGGUACCUGUGCUAAUCGGUGGUACGAUAAAUUACAAAUUAUUGUAUGUGAAAAUGGUUCAGCUGGAGUAAAUUUUGAACAUACAGGUGUUGAUGGACAUACUGUUUUACGUUUCGUUUCCGAUAUCUAUACCGAUACAAUAUUUCGUUUUGCGUCGACCAUUAGUCCUCAUAAUUCAAUAUUUCCUGGAAGUUUACAAGGAAAACCAAAGAAUUCAAAUGGUGUCAGUCCUAUUGAUACCAUGCCAAAAAAACUUGAAUGGAUAUUGACUCCUGAAAUACGCACUGGAAUCAGAUUUGCCGAAACAAGAUUAAGUGAUCUUGUUCUACAAAACGAGGUUCAAGUUCUUGAGUUCGAAAAAUAUGGAAAAAGUUUUAUUACAAGUUGUAAUAUGAGUCCGGAUGCAUUUGUACAAAUCGCUUUUCAAGCUGCUUAUUACGGUCUAUAUGGGUCAAUUGAAAGUACAUAUGAACCUGCUAUGACUAAGGCAUUCCUCCAUGGUCGUACAGAAGCGAUUCGUUCCGUAACAGCUGAAUGUGUUGAUUUUGUUAAAUUUUGGUGGACUGAUUCACCAGCUUUGGAAAAACUUAAACUUCUCCGAAAAGCACUUCAAGCUCAUGUGAAUUUGACAAAGAUGUGUUCACAAGGAUUAGAAAAGAUGCCUUCGAUAUUUAAAGACUCUGGUUGGCAAACAUUGAAUCAUACCGUUCUUAGUACAAGUAAUUGUGGGAAUCCUGCAUUAAGAUUUUUCGGAUUUGGACCCGUAGUUUCUGAUGGAUUUGGAAUUGGUUAUAUUAUUAAGGAUGAUGGAAUUGCUUUUUGUGCAUCUUCCAAACAUAGACAAACGCGUCGCUACCUUCAAACUUUGGAAAAUUAUCUUAAUGAUAUACAUUUACUACUCCGAUCUGAAAAACGUAUACCUGGAAUUGUUAAUUCUAAUUCUAAACAUGAAAAACGCAUGAGUUUGCUUUCAGGGUAUGGUUACUUUGAUGCUGGUGGUAUUGAUCAAUUACUUGAGCAUCGAUUAGAAGAAAAGAGAGGGGAAACAUUCGAUAUGAUGGCCGAGAUUAGUGAAGAGUUGAUAACAAAAUUUUGUAAUAUUACAAACGCGACUGCAAAAAUUGCAUCCGACUAUUUGGCGGUGUCAGAUGGAAAUGUAGAACAAGCAAUUACUUUAUACCUAGAAAGUGGCGGUGUUGAUCUUUCUUCUAUCGGAGUAGUAAAUCGACAAGAAACUUCAACGGCUAUUGACGCCGUCGACUUAACAAACAAUGAUACAUAUUUCGAUAGCGAUGCAGAACUAGCAAAACAGCUUGCUCGAGAAGAUUAUUCCGAAAUUCGGGCUCCUAUCGCGCCCAAACGCGACAUCCUUGUUAGGAAUGACCACGAUGACUUUAACAACAUUUUUGAAGGUACUCGUGAAGACAGAACUGAUCAAUUGGCUAAUUUAUUCAAACCUCCUUUCGAAAUUAUGCAUAAAGACAGCUUUGAGAGGGCUCGCGAUGAAGGCAAAUGGUUGAUGGUUGAUAUUCAGGAAGUAACCGAAUUUAAUUGUCAAAAGCUCAACCGCGAUUUGUGGAGUGAUCCAACUGUUCAAGAUGUAAUCAGAGCACAUUUUUUAUUUUUGCAAAUGUCUGAAGAAGAGCAAUUAAAGAGAGCUUUGGAAGAAUCUAGUUCUUAUAAUAACAGAUCUGAUCAAGAAUCUGAUGAAAGUGAAAUGGAGGUAGAACCUGUGCAUACUGAAGAUACAAAAAUUGAACGAGCUGAAGUCUCUGGUGGCCCAAGUACGACAGCGAUAAAAUUCCGUCUUCCAGAUGGUCAAAAUAUUAAGCGACGUUUUGAUAAAUCCGAUCCUGUACGAUACUUAUUUGAAUUCAUCAAGGCUUCGGUUCCCGAAGCUCAAGAAAAGCAAUUUGAAUUGAUUUACAAUAGAAAUAGUUUGAUUAAUCAAGUUGAACGAACUGUAGAUGAAGCUGAAUUAUCUAAUGCUGUUGUCAAU